AUCGCACCACCCAUCUCCCUAUCCCCACCCCCGCCAAUACGUCGUCCCACAAUCAACGGCAAACAAACAAAACAACAAAACCACAACAUGGCUUCCAGAGCCUGCUGCGAAAUCCCCCCCGUCAUAUCACACGACUACACCCCGAAGGGCGCCUUUGAAACAGCGGCAAACUUCAAAUCCUACAUUUCGGGUUCCAAGACCAGUAAGACUGGGAUUCUAGUGAUAUUUGACAUAUUCGGCUACUUCCCGCAGACGCUUCAGGGCGCGGACAUCCUCGCUUCGGCUGACCACCUAGUCGUCAUGCCAGACUUUUUUAAGGGGGAGGUGGCGGAACCGAACUGCUACCCGCCUGACACGCCGGAGAAAGGGAAGGCGCUCAGGGAGUUUUUUAAUGGCCCUGCGAACCUCAAGGAUGGCGAGGGGAACGUUAGGGCUGUGGCGGAGGGGCUGAGGAAAGAGUUUCCGGGAGUGGAGAGGUGGGGGCUCGUUGGGUAUUGUUGGGGGGGUAAGGUGGGUUCCUAGUUUUUACCACCAUUUCCUGGAGGGAAGGUGCUAAUGUGGAGCGAACAGGUGGCGGCAGUAGUCUCCGGCCCUGAAACUCCAUUUGCUGCCUCUGCACAGCUUCACCCUGCGAUGAUGGACGUGGAGGAUCUCAAGAAAGUCACUAUCCCACAUUUGGUUCUCCCAUCGGGGGAUGAACCAGCGGACGUGAUUGAAGCGUACAGGGAGGAAUUGGCCGUGCAUCCGAACAAAGCGGUCAAGGAAAAGAGCUACAUUGAAGUCUACGAUAAGAUGGUGCACGGGUGGAUGGCGGCGAGAGCGCAACUGGCGGACGAAGAGGUCUGGGGGGAAUAUGAGAGGGGGUAUAGGCAAGUUCUCACGUUUUUCAGGGAUAGUUUGUAAGGCGAAGCUGUUUUCCGCGGUAUGUACACGUUCUUGGCAUAUGCGGUGUAGCGAUCGCGGUUAGAGGGGCUUUGUGACUCUGGGUGGCUGUCUAUUGGGCCGGAGGAGGAGAGGCAAUGGAAUAAAUUGGCUUUUUCCCCCUCCCGGUACUAGCCUGGUUCCCAUGAUAUAAUCUUUUAUGACC